GUCUGACAGCACUGAGGGAAGGAGGAGAAGAAGAAAGAGGAGGAGAAGGACCGCGAGCGCCUCUCGUCUUUUCUGACUCUGCGCGCGCCGGGGAAACUUUUCGUCCAUGUCCGCAGCGGGCCCGAGGCCAGGACAGCCCGCAGCCCGCCGCAGAGCCGCCCGUCGCCUUCUCCACGGAUUAAUCUCAGCCGCCCGGGACGCCAUAGCCUGCUGAUGGAUUUUAACCUGCUGACGGACGGAGAGGCCCGCAGCCCGGCGCUGUCGCUCUCAGACUCCGGGACUCCGCAGCACGACCCGGGAUGUAAAGGCCAGGACACCAGCGACACAGAGAAGUCCCACCAGAACCAGCUGGAGGAGUCCGGCGCUGACGACGGCUCCCUGAAGAAGAAGCAGCGGCGGCAGCGGACGCACUUCACCAGCCAGCAGCUGCAGGAGCUGGAGGCCACGUUCCAGAGGAACCGCUACCCCGACAUGAGCACCCGGGAGGAGAUCGCCGUGUGGACCAACCUCACCGAGGCCCGGGUCCGGGUGUGGUUCAAGAACCGGCGUGCCAAGUGGAGGAAGCGUGAGCGGAACCAGCAGGCGGAGCUGUGCAAGAACGGCUUCGGCGCCCAGUUCAACGGACUCAUGCAGCCGUACGACGACGUGUACCCGGGAUACUCCUACAACAACUGGGCCGCCAAGGGCCUGGCCAGCAGCCCGCUGUCCGCCAAGAGCUUCCCCUUCUUCAACUCCAUGAACGUCAGCCCGCUGUCCUCCCAGCCCAUGUUCUCGCCCCCCAGCUCCAUCCCCUCCAUGAACAUGGCGUCCGGCAUGGUGCCGUCGGCGGUGGCCGGAGUGCCCGCCUCGGGCCUCAACAACCUGGGCAACCUCAACAACCUCAACGGCCCCGCGGCGCUCAACUCGGUGGCGGUGACGGCGGCCGCCUGCCCCUACGCCUCCACGGCCGGACCCUACAUGUACAGAGACACCUGCAACUCCAGCCUGGCCAGCCUGCGGCUCAAGGCCAAGCAGCACGCCAACUUCGCCUACCCGGCCGUGCAGAACCCCGUGUCCAACCUGAGCCCCUGCCAGUACGCCGUGGACCGGCCCGUAUGAGGGGUCACCCUGGACCCAGUGGACACCUGUGGGCUUCAGUGGACCCCACUGGACUCCAUUAGACUCCACUGGACCCCACUGGACCCAGAGGACCCAACUGGGCUCCAGUGGAAACCCAUGGCCCAGUCCAUUAACCCCCCCCCACCCCCAUCUGAUGUGCUUCAGACUGACUGAGGCUCUGACUCUGACCGGUUCUGGAGUGGUGGGUCAGCCAGAAGUGGACCAGGUCUUCACAGGACACGGGAUGCGUCUUCGCUCCGGGACUCUUAGACGUGAACCGACCAACAGCCUGAAAGGAUUUCUCCACAUUAUUCCCAUUUUCCUUUCUUUCUUUCUUUUGAGCUGCAUGAGUAGAAUAAACGUAGACGCCAUGAACACUUCAACCGGACUGCUCGACGCCUCGCCCGGCAGCGCCGCCGCUCUGCCGCCGCCGCCGCAGGCGGAGGACCUGCUGAGUCAGACAGAGGAUGUAUAUAACGGACUUCUUUCUGUUUUGUAUGUGACAAAAAUAUAUGAAAAUGUAGUUCUAUAAAGGUGAGAAAAAGCAUGUUCUUCAAACGCAGAGGCCCUGCAGGUGCAUCCACAUCGUCGAAGACCCCGGGAAGGUCGGAGGUCACCCCGGAUGGAGGGGGGGGGGUGACUGUUCGGCCCUGGAGAGGAACUUGAAGCACGUCUGAGUUCAGCAGAUUGUGAAAAAGCCAUGUGUGUAGGUGUGUGUGGUGUAGGGAGGCGGAGUCCCGGCUGUAAGCUCCGCCUCUCCUCCUGCUGUCGCCGCUCUGUCUCAUUAAAACUCCAUUAAAGGACGUUUCUAC